GCUGGAGCUGCUGCGGGUGUUGCUAGCCGCCGCCGGAGGUUCUCGUUGGAUGGAAAGGUCGUGGUUAUCACGGGCGCGGCGAGUGGAAUCGGGCGUCGGCUGGCGCUGAAGGUGUUUGGGGAGGCGAAGGGCGUGACGCUGGCGCUGCUGGACGUGGACCUGGAAGCGCUGCGCAAGCUGCGGACGGAGCUGCUGCAGCUGCGGGAGAACGAGAGCAAAGUCGCGUUUGUCUACGAGUGUGACGUGUCGGACUGUAGGGCGGUGGACGAGUGCAUCGCUCGGGUGGUGGCGGACGUUGCACCCAGGCACCUUGGGGUGCUGGUGAACAAUGCAGGUCGGUAGAACUUUAGUGAGGGGUUAUAUGCGGUGUGUGCAGGCGUCGUGAUGGGGCGGUCGCUGCAGGACUUGACGCCUGAGCAGAUCCAGAAGACGUUCGCGGUGAACACGCUGGCGCACUUUUGGACGGUGAAGGCCGCCCUCCCGUCAAUGAAGAAGGCCCCGGAGGCGCUGCUGGUGACGCUGUCUUCGGUCAUGGGGAUGACGAGCAGCGCCGGGUUGACGGACUACUGCGCCAGCAAGGCUGCCGUGAACGCCUUCCACGAAGCGUUGAGGUUGGAACUUUGGCGCGACAAUGUCAAGACGGUUCGAACGCUGCUGGUGUGUCCCGCUGCUGUGGACACGGGCAUGUUUGCUGGUGUUUUGGCUGCGGAUGAUUGGGCUGUGAAGCUCUCCCGCUUCUUCAUUCCUAUGCUGCCCGAGUCUGAGGUCGUCGACACGAUCUAUCGAGCAAUUCUGCGCGGUGACGAGUUGCUGAUUUCGUGUUUUUCGGGCUGGAGAGGAAUCGCUCUGGCGUGGGCCCCUGCUCUCUCUCGGAUGCUGCCGGUUCCUCUGUACGAUGUGGUGGUUCGGUUGGGCGGGGGCCUGAAUGGCAUGGAUACGUUCGUCGGCAAACAACGCACUGUUGCAAAGGAAAAGGCGACUUGA